CUGCUUCUUUUUCCGGUGAGGAGGGGAGGGAGGAGGCCAACCUGCUCCCAUCCAGCUUUCAUCUGCCAUGACCGGCCGAGGCACCCCGAGCCGCUUCCUGGCCAGCGUCUUGAGGAACGGGGUGGGCCGCUACGUGGGGCAGCUCCAGCGCCUCACCUUGACGGUCAGCCGGGAUGCGCAGAGCUCGCGGGGCGCCAGACAAUACAUUGAAGAAAAGGUGGUGGACUUUGCCAGGCAGAACCCUGGGAUUGUGUUCUAUGUUACUCCAAAGCAGUGCAGGGUCCCUACGUUGACUGCUGAAUACUUGAAUGGAACCGUAAAGGUAGAGUGUUUAACCAGCAAGACAGUGGAUGAGAUUGCAAAGAUCAUCCAGAAGCUGGCAGGCCAGUCUGGCCUGGAGAUCAUCCGUAUCCGAAAGCCUUUCCAUACAGAUAACCCCAGUAUCCAAGGCCAGUGGCACCCAUUCACAAAUAAGCCCAGCAAGCUCAAUGUGGAAGCUGUGGGUCAGCAGCUUCUUCAGCUCCCAGAAAACUAAAUCUACAAUGGUGCAAACCACUCGGGGCUUUUGUGAGUGGGAAUUUCUUGUAUCCAUGCCAAGAUUAUAAAGCUACGUUGAUAUUCAUCUGGAGGAAGAAUAUCAUCCCUCUCCUGAAGAAAAUGGGAUUUGAAAGGAUUCCAAACUACUAUAUGUUGACAUGGGACAAUUUCCUACCUGUUUUGUUGUGUUUUAUCAGCUAAGUCACAGGCCAACCCAGGUCAAUGAUGAACAAGGCCUAGAACUGGAUGGGACUGGUUCCUCCUCCUAAAGAGAGUAGCAGAGACUUUAGAGGAGACUGUACUCUACACCACCAGCUACUUGUUGUUCUGGUAGCUUUUCUUAUCCAUGUUUUGUGCUGAAUGUUACCCUCAGCUAAUGCUACUCUUGCUGGAAUUGGAAAUAAAUGGAUGGACCUAC